GCGACCGUGUCAGUAAUAAAAAGAUGCAAAAAAUAAUGAAGAUGGGGUGCCGUGAAAAUAUAGAAAAAUACGUCUUAGUUAUUGCCAACUUGGUCUUUGCGUUAUCUGGUCUCGCACUCCUGGGUAUCGGAGUAUUCAUGAAGCUAAACGGCACAGUUCUAACAUCGAUAAUCGAAGUUGGCUGGUAUGAGUUCAGCCCCAUCGCCGCCAUGGCGGUGGGAUCCAUAGUGUUCUUCGUGGCUUUCUUGGGAUGUUGCGGAGCUAUUAAGAAGAGCAACGGUGUAUUGGUUACUUACUCGAUCAUCAUGAUACUACUGUUGGUGCUGACGGUAGCUCUGGCGACGAUAGUGUUCAUAGAUAUAGGCUCUCUGGGCGCCACCGUCAUGAAGGAAUUGUACUAUGACUUCAUUAAUUAUCAGCCACAGUUCCAUGAGAUCGAAGCAGAGCUGAUGUGCUGUGGACUCGACGGCGCAGAGUCCUACGGUUGGAACAGCAGUUCUCUGCCACCAAGCUGCUGCCCUGAGGACGUCGUACGUUGCUCUAUCGUUCAGUCGUACCCUGGCUGCAACUUCCGCGUCCUGGACUUCAUCACCACCGUCAGCACAGGGAUUAGCGCUAUUUGCAUUGUCGCCGCAGCUUUGGAGCUGGUGCUGGUGGUAUUCGGUCUCUGCCUCGCGAAACACGUGCGAAACAACGAGAGGAUAUCAAAAAUAUCACAAUACUGAAUAUGUUUCUUACUUUGUAUUAAUAUUAGCACAGAUAUUUUUUCAGUCCAAAGAAAGGACAUACAAUUUAUCCGGGAAACUUUCCACACCCAAAGUGCAAUAAUUUAUAAUAGGCUAGUUUCCUAUACUUAAAAGAAAAAUAUUUUUUCUACUCCCGUGUUGUUAUUCGUCAUUUACCGUGUCGUGCAUACGAGUAGAUGGUUAAAACCCUACAUAAAAGCU